CUUCGAUACAGAUUCCAGCAGCGUGGCAUCCCGUCUGACCUCGAUGAGGCCAUUGAACUCCAUCAGGCUGCGCUUCUCCUCUUUUCCCCUGGACAUUCUGCUCGAUCUAUGUCUCUCCACGAUCUUGCUAUCAGCCUUCAAGACAGGUUCCAGUAGCAUGGCAUCCCGUCCGACCUGGAUCAAGCAUUUAGGUUAUUUUCGCAAACUUCUCACCUAUCGCAAGCAGCCUCUUGUACUGAUCUUACUACUGCCAAGUCAUGGGCGACCUCCGCCGACAAGCUGAAGCAUGAUUCUGCAUUAGUUGCCUAUCAGACCGCAAUUUCUCGAUCGGCACGUUGCCCUUUUAUCAUCUCCUUCACGCCAUUUUAACAUGGUCCGGGAGGCAACUUCCUCCCUUGCCACGGAUGCUUUCUCGUGCAGUGUUCAUAAUGGUGCAUUGACAACUGCUGUGGAACAGGUGGAGCAGGGCCGUACAGUCUUCUGGAUCAGUUGGCACGCUUCCGCACGCCGCUCGAC